AUGCCCGGCCGAGUUGCCGCCCGCUCAUCCUCUGCGACCGCGCGCAGGUCAUCGCAACAACCCUCUGCGGGGCGCGCCCCCUCCGUGACACCAUCGUUUGCGAUUCCCGACGAACCACCUCUUCCUGAAGCAUCACCCAAUCUUCGCCGUGAUGUAUGCGCCAUCUUUGCAGACGCGCAGCGCUCGACUACGGGUCACCGUAAGCUCGUAGUUCGUCUGCGAAAGCUGCAAGAAAUCAGCUGCGGAGUCUUCCAAAAGAACAAGAAGGGAAAAGACCAAGAGCAAGAGAAGAUCGACCUCCCAGAAGAAGAGACAAUUCCGGAGAAGGAGUUCAACGUGGAGUUUAGCCGCUGCAUGCUUCGAAUUCUGACCAUCAAGAAAUCGGAACCCGUUGGCGAUCGGGUGAUACGUUUUAUGGACACAUUCCUUGCCCAUGCCUCAGAAAAGGACAAUGAGCUGUUUGGAGCAGAAGAUGAGGAUGACAUGCAGAUUUCACUCGAAACCCCGACUUCGCGCCUUACAUCAAAUCUUGUCUCUUUGAUCGUACCUGUCCUUGCCGCCAAAGAUAAAAUGGUGCGAUUCCGCUCGACUCAGAUUUUGGCGCACGUCGUCAACACUCUGGAGUCAAUUGACGACGAGUUAUACACUACCAUUCGACAGGGGCUUCUGAAACGAAUCCGAGACAAGGAGUCCUCCGUUCGGGUACAGGCUGUUUUAGGCCUUGCACGAUUAGCCGGUAAUGAUGAGGACGAGGACGGCAAUGGAAACGGUGACAAUUCCACUGCGCUGCUGGAGAAAUUGAUCGAAAUUAUGCAAAAUGAUACAAGCGCCGAUGUCCGCAAGGGCCUUCUUGCCAACCUUCCUCUAGCACCUGUUACUCUCCCUUACCUUCUCGAACGAGCUCGCGACCUCGAUGCACCAACCCGACGAACUUUAUAUGCCCGUCUUUUACCUACUCUAGGCGAUUUCCGCCACUUGUCCCUAUCUAUGAGAGAAAAGCUCCUUCGCUGGGGCUUGCGCGACCGCGACGAAAGUGUCCGUAAAGCGACUGGCAAGUUAUUCUGCGACCGCUGGGUGGAAGAUUGUGCCGGCACAAAUAAUGGCGAUAAUGAAGGCGCGACUGGCCAGCGAUCACCUCCGAAUAUCAAUGCUCUUCUUGAGCUACUUGAGAGAAUCGACGUUGUGAACUCCGGAAUUGAAAGCGGAAUUGCCCACGAGGCUAUGCGUAGCUUCUGGGAAGGCCGAGCUGAUUAUCGGGAAGCGGUCACGUUUGACGACUCAUUCUGGGACUCACUCACUGCAGAGUCCGCGUUCUUGUUGCGGUCUUUCAACGACUUUUGCCGCGUUGAGAAUGAUGGGAAAUACGAAAGCCUCGCGGAUGAUAAGAUGCCGGAAGUUACUGCGCUUGGUUACUACCUCGCCAAAUACAUGAACGAGCUUUUGCAACGCAAGAAACUUUCCAAGGAGUCUGGCGAGGCAAAUGAUGAGGAUGCAGUUGAGCAGGAAUUCAUUGUGGAGCAACUUCUUCACAUUGCCAUCACCCAGGACUACAGUGAUGAAGUUGGUCGACGAAAGAUGUUUGCGCUUCUUCGCGAAUCUUUGGCAGUGCCGGAGCUUCCAGAAGACAGCACUAAGUUGACUGUAGAGACACUACGGUGUGUGUGCGGUCCUGAUCGUGCCGGUGAAGGCGAAUUCUGUAGCGUGGUACUCGAGGCCAUUGCGGAAGUACACGAUACCAUCAUGACCGAGGAUAGUUUCGUGUCUGCAAAGUCUGAGAUCAGUGAUGAUGCCAGCAGCCGCCAUCGAUCUGAGACUCCGGGAGAAGAGGAGGACACGCCAUUCAACAAAGAAGAAGCUAAGGCUAAGAUUCUCAGAGAGAUUGUCGUCAACAUGAAAUGUCUUCAUAUCGCUCAGUGUAUGCUUCAAAAUGUUGAGGGAAACCUGCAGCAAAAUAUGAAUCUUGUCACCAUGUUGAACAAUCUUGUUGUCCCUGCUGUUCGAAGCCACGAAGCUCCUAUUCGUGAGCGUGGUCUCUUAUGUCUGGGUCUGUGCUGCUUGCUUGAUAAGAACCUUGCCGAAGAAAACAUGACACUUUUUAUCCAUUGUUACAGCAAGGGCCACGAAGGGCUACAGGUUACAGCAUUGCAGAUCAUCUGCGAUAUGGUCACAACCCACCCUUCGCUUCUCACUCCAGUAACUCAGGCUGACGGGGAGACGGUCACCACUCCUCCGGUUCAGAAGCCUCUACUCAAGGUUUUCUCGCGUGCUCUCAAGGCAAACUCUCCUCCAAGCGUGCAAUCCGCUGCUGCCACAGCUCUGUCAAAGCUAUUGCUCACCAACACUUUCACUCCCUCUGGUCCCAAUAUUCCCCUCGCCAUUCAGGAGUUUAAUGAGGGUGCCGUGGAAACAUUAUUACAGUCCCUGGUUUUGGCGUUUUUCCACCCACGAACAAAAGAUAACCCAGCCCUCAGGCAAUCUCUUGCCUACUUCUUCCCGGUGUACUGUCAUUCACGUCUGGAGAACACUCAGCAUAUGCGCCGUAUUGCUGUUCCAGUCAUUCGUGCAGUUAUCAAUUCCGCUGAAGAGCACUAUUCUCUCGAGGCCGAGGAGGACAGUGACGGUGAAAUUGAUGAAAGCAUCGGCGAGCGCGAAAUUAAGGCGCUCAUGACCGGUGUUAUUGGAAUGCUGGCAGAAUGGACCGAUGAACGCCGUGUUGUUGGCUUGGGAGGUGAGCGUGUUUUGAUUGGUGGCACUGCCAGUUCAUCUGCUUGUGGCUGGGUGCACCUCGCUCUCGUCAAAGACAUUCUGGAGCGUGUUAUCGGUGUCAGUGCUGGUCCCAACCGUUGCUCUCGGGAAGAACGCAAGUUGAUCUUCUCCCUGCUGAGCAAACUGUACGUUUCUGCCCCUACAUUACCGUCCCGUGCUGGAUCGCGUGCUCCAGAAGGUGAAGAUCAGUUCCGUACGAGCAUCCGCAGUGCGACGGGCGUGGAGAUUGAACCCGACAACAUUCAACUAGCCCAGGAAGUCAAGGAAUUACUUGACCAGACCAUUGAAGAGGGCCUUGCUGGAGAAGCUUCUAGCCGCAAUGCACUUGUGAAAGCCAAGAACUCCGUUCUCAAGAUUCUUGCCGUUGCCCAAGAUGGUCGUGCAGCCAGUAUACGUCCCCGUGCUGGUACAGAGGACUUUGAAAGUGAUGCCGGAAGUGUUCGCUCGGCCAGCGUCCGAAGAUCCGUUGAACCAUCUGGUUUCAGCCGUCGUCAAGUCUCUGUGGAACCUAGCAUCAUGGAGGAAGACGAGGAUGAGAUGAAUACCAGCCGGAUCCGUUCUGGCAGUGUACGUCCAUCUGUUGAGGGUCGUUCAGGUGCUGCUAGACGAGGCAUGCCCUCCAUGGAGCCCAGCAUUAUGGAGCAAGAUGAAGAAGAUGAUCAUGAUACCAGCAGAGGGACAGUGAUCAAGGACGAAGUCGACGAGUGA